CUCCUUGCUCAGGGUGCCUCUCCAGCUCUCCAUACCCCCGUGUCUGCAGAAGCGCUCCGGGCCCUGAGCUGUCAGCACCACCGCCCCCCAGGCCUCGGACACGAUGCAGGCCAUAAAGUGUGUGGUGGUGGGAGAUGGAGCCGUGGGCAAGACCUGCCUGCUCAUCAGCUACACCACCAACGCCUUCCCGGGAGAGUACAUCCCCACCGUGUUUGACAACUAUUCAGCCAAUGUGAUGGUGGACAGCAAGCCCGUGAACCUGGGGCUGUGGGACACGGCAGGGCAGGAGGACUACGACCGCCUCCGGCCGCUCUCCUACCCGCAGACGGAUGUCUUCCUCAUCUGCUUCUCUCUUGUCAGCCCAGCCUCCUAUGAGAAUGUCCGGGCCAAGUGGUUCCCGGAGGUGCGGCAUCACUGCCCCAGCACGCCCAUCAUCCUGGUGGGCACCAAGCUGGACUUGCGGGACGACAAGGACACCAUCGAGAAGCUGAAGGAGAAGAAGCUGGCGCCUAUUACUUACCCGCAGGGCCUGGCGCUGGCCAAGGAGAUCGACUCAGUGAAAUACCUGGAGUGCUCGGCCCUCACCCAGAGAGGCCUGAAAACCGUCUUUGACGAGGCGAUCCGGGCUGUCCUGUGCCCCCAGCCCACGCGGCCACAGAAGCGGCCCUGCAGCAUCCUCUAGGGGACACACCCAGCCCUCCCAGCCAGAUGGUUCUGACCCUCCAGGGCCCCCACCCAAAGCCCCAUGGCACCCCCGCUGGCCAUGCUGUCCCUUUCCUGUGGCGUUUCUUAGCAAGAUGGCUGCAGAGCUUGGUUCAUCAUCUUCUCUGUGCUGGAGUCCCCCCUGGGGAAGAGUGUGAAUUUGUAGGUGCUGCGUCCCCAUCCCCUCAUGCUCCUGCCUUCCCAGGGGCCAGAGGGGAGCCCCAGGACCGAUAAGCCACCCCUGUGUUGCUGUGGUCAGAUACCACACAUGGCAUCAUCUACCUGUUUACUCCUCCCUCCCAAAACCUGCAUCCCCUCUGGAAACUUCGGGCCAAAUGGUUGCCGGCCACCACUUAUAUACCUUCAGGGAUGGGUCUCUCACUCUCCCAUGAGGCAGUCUACUCCAGUAUUGAUGGUCUUGCUUGUCUGAGAGUUCUCCUACUGAGCUAAAUUAAGUGUCUGAGAAGUUUGUUCUUUUGGUCUUAGUCCUCCUUUUGGGGACAACAUAAAACAUUCAGAUUUUCUAAAUCUCUGUGGGCACCUGCCCAGCCAAUCAAAAGGCUGGGUCCUGCUGACUCCUGCCACCUCUCAAGUCUUUCUGCUCCACUCACAGGAUCCUGAGCUACAUUUACCUGUGACAGUCUUAAAACUUUCAGACCCUGCCAGUCAGGAUUUCUGUCAUUUCAAAUAGAAACCCAAUUCAACCUGCUUAAGCAGAAAAUAAAUUUACUGAUUCAAGUUUGGAAAUAUCAUGACUUCAGGUGCAGCUUGAUCAAGGAGACUCAAAUGAUGUCAUCAGAGCUCACUUUCCUGUACCUUCUGAUGUCUGGUUCAUUCUUAGGCAGGUGACUCUCAAGGGCUUCAUCCUUCCAGUUUCAAGUUCAGCAAAAAAGAGCAAGUGUCUGCCCCAGGCAAAGUUCUAAUUAAGGUUUACUUUGAUUGGACCAGUUCAGGUCUUUUCAACCAAUCACAUUUGUCAGGAGAAUGCUGUGUUCUGAUUGGUCAAGCCUGGACUACAUGCCACACUAGAGCAUGGAGCGGAGGCAGCCCUUUCAAAACCAUACCCACUAGAGUGGAGGGAGGGGUUGGUUCUCAAAGGGAGACUGAGAGCUUUGCCAGAAUUUGGGAAUAUGGGUGUUGAGCAGCCAGAAACCCCUAGUCUCCACUAUUGGAGGUCCCAGGAAAGUGUCCCAACAGUGUAAGGAAGCAAUGCCGGUCCCAGCAGGCACAAAACACAGGCAAGUUUCUUUAAAAGAGAGAUGGGGCUGCUGUAAGGAUUUACGAAGCUCAUCCCUAAAGUGUCACGGUACAGGCAUGGAGCCAGUCCCACCUCAGUGUUUGCUAAUUCACGAAUGCCAGACUUCCCAAUCCUCCAGACGACUGUGCUUCUCUAUCUAAAUGUCAUCCAUCCAUUCAACACAAAUUCACUGAACACCUACUCUGUGCCAGGCAUUGUUCUGUGGUCCAGCGGUACACCCAAGUUCUUGCCCUCAGGGGCUGACACUCUAGAGAAGCUAAAAUAAAGGAUUAAAAAAAAGAGAUAUAAGAUCCCGUCCCUGACAACACAGAAGUUCCCCCAAUUCCCAGCCAGUGAAAUGAUUUGGGUUUCAUUUUCUGCUCUUCCAGGCCCCCGGCCACUUCCACUGCCCCUCGUUAAGUCCUGAAGUUCUGAUGCAAGAUCUCAGCUCACUGGCCUCCUGAGAGCCCAACCCUCUUGAAAGGGAAGGGGUGCAGGGGGGAAAUCCCAUGGCCUUUCUUAAUUUCAGCUCAGACAAGGUCGUUAUGCUUUUAAAGUUACUUCUCUGAAACAAACCAAAAAACCAUUAACACCCCUGCCCCACCCCCCAACACACGACACAAACACAGACGUGUAUCGGUCAGAACUCAUGUUUUAAUCCAAUGUUUAAAAGUCCUGAGAAGCCCCUUCCAGUGGGCCAGAGUUGAGGAGAGCCUCUUUCUGUUUCCUGCUCUUCCGGGGCCUCGAGAUAAACUUCAGGACCAUCCUCGUGGCCCCAAGGACUGACUGCACCCCACCUCCCUCGCUCGUCCUGCGCUUACACCUCCUCUGCCAUGUGCCUCUUCCCCUGAGCCUACCCCAGUGGAUACAGUCCUUGU